UAAGACUAAUGUUUUAUUUCAUCAAAGUGUAUGGUUAUUUAAUGAUGCUAGCGGACGUGGUCCUUGUUUCACAUCGCUCUGUUUGCUGCAGGAGAUUAUGGAGAGAGCCAAUCACGUCAACAUUGCAAUGAUAGAAGACAUUGGCACCAACGGGACGACCAGGUCAAAGGUCACGACGGCCUCGGACCAGAACAGGCAGCCGCGAGGCUCCACCAUGAGCUUCCACAACGUCCAGUACAAAGUGCAGCUGAAGAGCGGCCUGUUCAGCAAAAGGAAAACCAGUUCCAGGGAAAUACUGGCCGACCUCAAUGGAAUAAUGAGACCUGGCCUCAACGCUAUUCUUGGACCAACUGGAAGUGGAAAAUCUUCAUUCUUGGAUAUUCUGGCUGCGAGGAAGGAUCCUUCAGGUCUCUCUGGAGAAGUACUCAUUGACAGAGCGCCGCAGCCUCCAAACUUCAAGUGCCUCUCCGGCUACGUGGUUCAGGAGGAUGUGGUCAUGGGCACCCUGACUGUGAGGGAGAAUCUGCGCUUUUCUGCAGCACUGCGGCUGCCCAGCUCUGUGCCUCAGAGUGAGAAGGAGGCCCGAGUCAAUCAUCUCAUUAAAGAACUCGGUCUGACCAAGGUGGCUGACUCCAAGGUGGGGACGCAGAUGACCCGUGGAAUCUCCGGAGGGGAGAGGAAGAGGACAAACAUCGGUAUGGAGCUGAUAAUCGAUCCCUCAGUUCUCUUUCUGGAUGAACCAACCACAGGACUGGACGCCAGCACCGCUAACUCUGUCCUGCUGUUACUGAAAGGAAUGGCCAGUCAUGGGAGGACCAUAAUCAUGUCCAUCCACCAACCACGAUACUCAAUCUACAGAUUGUUUGACACUCUGACUCUGCUGGUUUGUGGUAAAAUGGUUUACCACGGACCAGCGCCGAAUGCUUUGGACUACUUUGCCAACAUUGGCUAUCCCUGUGAGCCCCACAACAACCCAGCUGACUUCUUUCUGGACGUUAUUAACGGGGAUUCGACCGCCACCACUAUGACCAAAGUGAGCGGGUCUGAAGAUUUGGACUUUGAGGAGCUCAGCAGCUCCAGGCAGAAUAUUGAAGAGCGCCUGGUAGAGGAGUACAGGAACAGCAGCUACUUCAGCGACACAAGAGCCGAGCUGGACCGCAUCGUCCAAGAUAAGGAGUGUUUCUCGUGUUCAAAAUCCCGCACCAUCACCUACAACAGCUCCUUCUAUCACCAGCUGCACUGGGUGCUUAAGAGAACCUUUCAGAACCUCAUGCUGAACCCACAAACAUCUGUGGCCCAGCUGGGAGUCAACAUCUUCCUUGCCCUCAUUGUAGGAGCCAUUUUCUUCGGGGUCAAAGAUGACCAGAGUGGCAUUCAGAACAGGAUGGGGGCCCUCUUCUUCAUCACAACAAACCAGUGUUUCAGCACCGUGUCUGCAGCUGAGCUCUUCAUCACUGAGAGGAAACUGUUUGUGCAUGAGUACAUCAGCGGCUACUACAGAGUGUCUGUUUACUUCCUCUCUAAGAUCGUGUGUGACAUCACCCUGCGCACCAUCACCUCUGUCAUCUUCAGCUGUAUUGUCUACUUUAUGAUUGGGCUCAAACCCACUGCAGCAGCCUUUUCCAUCUUCACACUGACUGUGACUCUGGUGGCCUACACAGCCACAGCCAUGACCAUGGCCAUCUCGGCUGACCAGAGUGUCGUGGCCCUCGCCAACAUCUUCAUGACCAUCACCUUUGUCUUCAUGAUGAUUUUUUCAGGUCUCCUGGUAAACCUUCCCAGCAUCAUGGACUGGCUGGCUUGGCUGAAGUAUUUCAGCAUUCCUCGCUACGGCCUUGCAGCCUUGAAGAUCAAUGAGUUUGUGGGUUUGAAGUUCUGUGAGGAGGCUGUGAUCAAAAACACCAACGUGUCGGCUACAGUGACCAACUGCAGUGUGAGCACAGUCGGCCCGACAUGUACUGGAGAGCAGUAUCUUGACUACCUGGGGAUUGAGAACACCCCCUGGGGACUGUGGGAGAAUCAUGUGGCUUUGACCGUUAUGAUGUUUAUAUUUCUCAUCAUCGCCUAUCUGAAACUUCGAUACAUCAAGAAAUUCACUUAAAUGUGUCAUUCUGCAUAUUUUAAUUUUAUCUUCAAGGAACCAGGCCAGUAGAUAUUCAUCAAAAACAUUGAAAUAAUGGUACAAUAUUUUGGGGGAGAUGCACUGAGAAGACUGAUAGCCACCCUCAUGUCUGUGUGUAGAGUAUGGAGCUAAAGUCAGGAGGCAGUUAGCUUAGCUCAGCGUCUAGACUGGAAGCAGUGGAAACAAUUAGCAAAAUGACAUUUACCAGCUCCAAAUGUUUCAGAUGUCAUGUUUGUUUAAUCCUCGUGAAAACAGAAGUGAUGAAAAACAGUGUGGACUUUAAGGGAGUUGCAUGCUACAACAACAUACAAAGAUUUUAACAUUAACCAGCCGCUAAGCACUCGUGCCACAGUGUUUCACUGCUGCUUGCCUUGAAAUAGUUGACAUUUGAAAUACAGCAGGUGUAAAACCACAAGUUAAGGCAAAUUAUGACAGUUUUGAUAAACAACAUUUUUGAGUUGUGAGUUUCAGGAGGUUCAGCUUUAAAAUUUUUUUUUGAACUCCGAAGAGUUUCCCUCCUGCUUCUAGCUUAUGUUAAGCUAAGCUAGCUCCAGAAUAAAACCUACGUUAAUUGAUUUUCUUUUGGGAGGGGGGCAACACAGGAACACAACACUGAAUAUAUUAUCACCUUAUAAAGUUGAUAUGGUUAGCAAACAACAGCGUAUUCACAUAUCCAGUAGACUCAGAGCAAAGUUUACAUUUACUUGGCUGAGCUAAUUAGGUAACUAAAUGCUACUAAAUUUCAGCCUUUUUUUCUUAGCAUAUAAUAUGUUUUUUGAGCGUUUUCACUGAAAUCAUCUGCCUCUCAUGCCCAAACAUUACAGUAUGAGAGCAGUGACAGUGAACCAGAACAAUUCAGUUGCAUACGUAAAACCAAAACAAUGAGAUGGUAGUACUUUGGUUCACUUAAUUAAUUAAUUAAUUAGUUAAUGUAAGAUUACUGAUCAGAUCAUUUAAUGGACAGAUAUGAGUGUAUCAGUCUUCUCAUUUAGGUGAAUAAGCCAGUUUUCCCUAAAUAAAUUUCUUUUCUUUGAGUCUUAGGUUUGCACUUGCAUACUUGGAUAUUCGGUAUAUGUAAACAUCAGUUUUACCAUCUUUGGUGAAAACCAUGUGUCUCCAAAAUCUUAACUUUUUAGGAACUAAUGUGGCAAUGUACUUUAUUUUUCUUGCUGUUGGAGUGGUUUUAAAAACCAAAGAGAGAAGAGAGUUUUCUGACGUUUAUAGGUUUUCACACAACACCAGUGAUAUGGAUAGGCUAAAUGUGUGAUAUCUUCCUUUCAGGUUACUGUUGUUAUUUAUGAAUAUUUACAUUUGCUGUAUUAUUUUAAAAUCAGACUAUGCCUUUUUCAGUAGUCCACUUUAGUAAUUCAGUAGUUUUGUUAUUUUCCUUCGCACAAUUGACAUAAUUUUUUUUAAAACUCAGCUCUGAUUGUUAUUUUAGAUGUUGUAGUAUUAUAUCAAGAUGUAGAUGGUAUAUGUUCACUUUUUCAAUUGAUUUCGUAAUUUUGUUUAAAGAAGUUUGUAUACAUACGUUUAUACUCUGAUACAGCUUUCAAGAGAACAUUUAUAAACAUUUUCAUGUAACCUUGGUCUUAAAGUUUUGGUUUUUUUUUUAGUACAGCCAUCCAAUUUCCAGUGUUUUGUUGCUGACUUAUAGUAAUUUCUUUUGAGAUUAGUUGUUCAGGUGUGGCAUAAUAAUUGUAUUUAAAAGAAUACUAAGCAAUUCUUUCUUCAAAGAUCUUUAAUUUCCUAAUCAUUUCCAAAAGUUUCCAAAAAAGCUGUAUAAUUUAGUAAUAUUACAGGGUUUAGUGGUGCAGCCUGGUUUUACUGGUGUCACUGCAGGUCAGCUGAGCAUGCACAAAUGUCAAAGUCAUCUAUAAGU